UAAAGUAAUAAAAAUAUUAUGGUAAAUAUUAUGGUAAAUUUUUGCGGUAAAUUAAGCAGCAAGAAGUCAGUGAAGUCAGGUAUCAUAUCAGCAUUUACUGCUGACUCAUUCUAUUGUUAUGCAUAUCAUCAUUAUCUACAAUGAAUAUCAUUAUCUUUAAAUUCAUAUGAAUGAAAGGAGGUUUUAAAACAGAUAAAGUAAUUUUCCACCAAACCAAGCGCGUGUAAAUGUUUCUACUUAUCUCGUGAUAAAUGUUGAGAUAAGAAUACGCGAAGUAAUUAUCAACUCUGCAAACGUCGUGUUGUCAAUGUAUGCCUCGCAGCGAGAGCGACGAGCUUUCACAUAAUACGAUUACAAAAUUCCUCCUAACAAGAAUCUCCCAUUUCACCAGCGUGCACUUCGCGUAAGUGCAACGAUUCGGUACUCGAAAAACACUUCUCGCUUUCAGUCAUAAUUUUCGAAUAUGUCGUCGCGACCGUGAGUGUUAAUCGCUGAAUGACUCGAUCAAAGAUACAUCAUAAUCGACCUUUACGAACGUUUUUGUCAUCCAAGAUGUUUCCAGUGUUUUUGCAGGAGAGACAAAAAUUUUUGGUAGCGCAUAAAAUCGAAUAUAAAUUUCUAAAAUGUUUCUAAAAUGUUAAGGCUACGUGUGACAAGAAUAACUUAUAUUAUUAUCUUUUGCAUUUAUAAUACCAUUAUGGCAGCAUCCGAAUUAUAUAAAGUUUUCUGUACAUAUCGAAGACAUCAAGCGCCGUCAAUAUUUUGCGUCAUUAGCGCUUUCUCAAUCAUUCGAGUAGCUAAAGGGAUCUCAUCGCUCUUCGCCGUUGGUGAAAGAUAAUUAUGCGCAAACAUCGGACAGGUAAACGCAAUCGUGCCAAAGUAAAGCGGAUUGUUAACGCCGCCAACAGAAAAUCGCGUGGACCUAUUCAAACAUUUGCGAAUCUCCGCGUGAAUCGAUCGAGUUGGAACGUGACAAUGCAAAUCGAUGGUAUUACAUCGUUGGCGAGAUGAUAUUUUUCAUCGCGAAAUUAUUAUUAAUAUCCAACGCAAAAAAUGACCUGAUAACGAAAGUGUAACGAUAUUAUGCAAAAUCUAGUCCAGUAGCUGUCGGGCUCAUGAAUGUAAAUGAUGUUGCAAAAUCAACGGUCACAUAAUACAGUUACGAAAUACCAAGAGCUACAUCAACGUUAUCUACUUUUUUUUUAUCUCAUUUGAUAGUCAGUUAAUUAAAAUAAUUUAUUAUUAACAACAUUGCUAAUAUCAGUGCGUACUAUUGCAACACGAAGCCAAAACUUGUGCAUCGCGAUAGAAAAUAAUUUACAACGCCUUUAAUUCUUGCAAAUAAUUCUUUGUGCAAUAAUAAUUUUUUAUGUCGUAAAAUAAGAGCCGAGGGCCUGUAUCACUAUAUCUUCUCUAAGCAAUCCACGAUUUGAACAGAACGUACCAAAGUGGCAUGUCGCCGCAUACACUCUUACGCUGGGAAUAAUGAUCCUAUAGUUGUGGUUUGUCCUGUGACAAAUUUCCGCGUUGACAAAACUAGGCGAGCUGGAAACCGAGCAGCUAUAGCACGCGGAACCGUGUGAAAGAACCAAUUCUGCAAAACGUCACAGCGAUUAUUAUAAAAGGGAUCCAUUAUAAUACGUCGCCGUGUCAGCGUUCACUGCAAAGUACCACCGAGUUAUCGCCGAUUUUCCGCACGCCCGAGCGAGCACUUUGCAUGUACUUCACUCGUGGUGCUGACGAUAUUUCGCGUUGUGGCGAUUUCGACGCGGAACGCAUUUCGCGUGCCAUCGACGGUCAAACGACUCGCAUAAAACGGUAUGCGCUGGUUUUAAUGUGCAACAGAUAAAGUUUCUGCGAGUUUUUUCAGGACUUACUCAAGAGACAUAAAAAUGCCAAGUGAACAAUUUUUAACCGCAAUUCGGGAUUUUAUCUUAUUAGCAAACGUCUUAAGGAAAACUUACUGUCAGAAGUGUGAUAAUAAAAAUAUUGUAGUAUCAUUUUGCAAGGUAAGCUUCACAUUGUUACAAAGAUGGGAAAAAUAUAUGAGCGUCGAUUGGAACAUCCGUUGCCAACCAUGUCUAUGGGAAAAAUGAUACUGGACAAUCUACGUCUGAAUGGCGAUCAUGUUUUUACAAUAGACGGACCUACCGGCAAGAAGAUGACAUGCAAAGAACUAUACGAGAAAAGCGUGAAACUCGCACAGUUUUUACACCGUUACGGGAUAAAAAUCGGAGAUAGAAUUUCCAUUGCAGCUGAAAACCGAAUAGAGUGGGUAAUACCACUUUGCGCAACCAUUUAUCUCGGUGCUAUAGUAACACCAUACAACCCUGCAUAUACAGAAUACGAGUUCCAGCAUGUAUUGAACAUCUCGAAACCACGAAUUGUUUUUGUGUCUCGUCGUACGGAACGUACCUUGGCCAAAAUUCGGCCGACUCUAUCCUGGCAGUUGGAAUUAAUGCAACUAGAUGAUCAACCGUUUGGCACCAUCCGUACGUUGACGGAUAUUUUGAAUAACGAGAAAGCCAUAGACUUAUCGGAAUUCGAAACGACGAAUAUCGGUGACAACAGUAAGCAUCCAUUGGCUAUUCUCUGCUCUAGCGGAACCACGGGAUUGCCGAAAGGAGUGACGUUGUCUCACAGAAAUAUGUUUUCGUUUAUUUUGAAAGUAAUCCAACCCGAUCUAUUCGACACAAGACUACACGAGAGAGUCCUGUUGCUUCUGCCGUUCUAUCACGGUUACGCGUUCGGCAUGUUGCUGUUAGGCAUAUACAGGGACAACACGAUGAUCCUAUUGCCUUCCUUCGACCCGAAACUCUUCCUGACUACGAUCCAGGAGUUUAAGAUCACCUGUUUGCCGAUCGUGCCGCCAAUUCUGUCGUUUAUAGCGAAGCAUCCGAUGGUGGAGAAGUACGAUCUCCGCAGCGUGAGAGAGAUCAUCUGCGGAGCGGCGCCGUUCACGAAGGAGACUAUAGUCGAGGUGAAAGCUCGUACCGGCAUCAAGUACAUUCGCAACGGCUACGGCAUGACGGAAAUGACACUAGUGAGCAACCUGAGUUCACGCGAAGACGACGAAGGAUCUGGAGAACCCCUUCCCGGUUUUCUCAGCAAAGUGAUCGAUCUCAAAACGCGAAAAACACUGGGCGUGGGUCAGGUCGGUGAAAUCUGCUUCAAGGGCGAUCAAGUGAUGAUGUACUACUGGAACAAUCCCGAAGCCACCAGGGAAACCUUCGACGAGGACGGAUGGCUGCAUACUGGUGACGUCGGUUACUACGAUGAGAAGGAUAGGCUGCAUGUGGUGGAUCGGCUGAAGGAACUGAUUAAGUACAAGGCCUACCAGGUCUCGCCAUCGGAGAUAGAAGGGCUCCUGCUGUCGCAUCCUGCAGUGAAAGACGCCGCAGUCGCUGGCAAACCUGACGAACACAGCGGGGAGAUUCCCAUAGCUUUUAUAGUGAGAAAGCCCGGCGCCACGGUCACCGUCCAGGACAUCCAGGAGUUUAUCAAACAGAAACUGUCGCCGCAAAAAUGGCUACGAGGUGGAGUGCAAUUUGUCGACGCCAUACCUAAGAAUCCUACUGGCAAGAUUCUACGCCGCGAAUUACGAGCACUGGUAGCUAAACUGUAACCAUGUACCAAUGGACUCGUGUUCGUAUAAGAAUAAAAUCUCCUCACGUAUCAACUAAAUGAUUAAAUCAAAAAUAUAUAUUGUAAUAUUAAAUAUGAACCACUUGGGAAAAGUA